CGCAUCACUAGCAUGUCCGACUCUUUCCUGCAAAUUGCAUUGGAAUAGUUUGGAAAACAUAUAAAAAUAGUAAAUAAAUAGAAACGUAUGAAAAGUAUUAAGCUUCAUAGAGAAACCUAUUAACAUGUCGAGUGCGUCGAAGUCGACGCCGAGCGCUGCUAGCUCCACGUCUGCAGCUGCCACCGCCGCUGCCUCUGUCGCCUCAGGAUCCGCCUCCUCCUCCGCCAAUGUGCAGGAGUUCAAGAUCCGGGUGCCCAAGAUGUCCAAGAAGCACCAUGUGAUGCGGUUCAACGCCACGCUGAACGUGGAUUUCGCCCAGUGGCGCAAUGUGAAACUGGAGCGGGAGAACAAUAUGAAGGAGUUCCGGGGCAUGGAGGAGGAUCAGCCCAAGUUCGGUGCCGGGUCGGAGUACAAUCGAGAUCAGCGAGAGGAGGCGCGUCGGAAGAAGUUUGGCAUAAUAGCGAGAAAGUACCGGCCGGAGGCGCAGCCUUGGAUCCUAAAAGUGGGCGGCAAAACGGGAAAGAAGUUCAAGGGCAUUCGCGAGGGUGGCGUGGGCGAGAACGCCGCCUUCUACGUAUUCACCCAUGCUCCAGACGGUGCCAUCGAAGCGUAUCCUCUGACGGAGUGGUACAACUUCCAGCCCAUUCAGCGCUACAAAUCCCUAUCUGCGGAGGAAGCUGAACAGGAAUUUGGUCGCCGUAAGAAGGUUAUGAACUACUUCUCUCUUAUGUUGCGAAAGCGUCUGCGAGGGGACGAGGAGGAAGAACAGGAUCCGGAGGAGGCUAAACUAAUAAAGGCAGCCACCAAAAAGUCCAAGGAGCUUAAGAUUACUGACAUGGAUGAGUGGAUUGAUUCCGAGGACGAGUCCGACUCGGAGGACGAGGAGGAUAAGAAGAAAAAGGAGCAGGAGGACAGCGACGACGGCAAGGCCAAAGGCAAGGGCAAGAAGGGCGCGGACAAGAAAAAGAAAAAGCGGGAUGUGGAUGACGAGGCCUUCGAGGAGUCGGACGAUGGAGACGAGGAGGGCAGGGAAAUGGACUAUGACACCAGUUCCAGUGAAGACGAACCAGAUCCGGAGGCAAAGGUGGACAAGGACAUGAAAGGAGUGGCCGAGGAGGAUGCGCUGCGGAAGCUACUUACCUCCGACGAAGAGGAGGAGGACGAGAAGAAGUCUGAUGAGUCUGAUAAGGAGGACGCCGACGGCGAGAAGAAAAAGAAGGAGAAGGGCAAGGACGAGGGCUCCAAGGACAAAAAGAAGAAGAAACCCUCCAAGGACGACAAAAAGGGGAAGUCAAACGGCAGCGGCGACUCGUCCACAGACUUUAGCUCAGACAGCACAGACUCCGAGGACGACCUGAGCAAUGGGCCGCCCAAAAAGAAGGCCAUGUCCAAGGACAAAGACAAGGAGAAGGAAAAGGAAAAAGAGAGCGCUGCCAGCAGCAAGGCCUCAACCAGCAGCAGCAGCAAUGCCAACAAAUCACGAUCGGCCACCCCGACGCUUGCGACGGAUGUCAGCAAGCGCAAGAUGAACAGUCUGCCCAGCGAUCUCACCGGAUCGGACACCAGUAACAGUCCCACCAGCACCCCUGCCAAGCGUCCCAAGAACGAGAUCACCACCUCGCUGCCCACUUCCUUCUCUGGCGGCAAAGUUGAGGACUACGGAAUCACCGAGGAGGCAGUGCGUCGCUACCUCAAGCGCAAACCUCUCACAGCCACCGAGCUGCUCACCAAGUUCAAGAACAAGAAAACUCCCGUCUCAAGCGACCGUUUGGUUGAGACCAUGACAAAAAUUCUCAAAAAGAUAAAUCCUGUCAAGCACACCAUUCAGGGAAAAAUGUAUCUCUGGAUCAAGUAGCCAGCGAUCAUGUGAUUUUAAGAUUUCAUAAUCCAAAUGCAUUAUUGUUCCACUUAAUAUAGAAAAGAAAAAAAGUUGAAAUCAA